AUGGAAGAUUUGGUAGCAAAAUCAUGGGCGGCCCUUCCAAGAUAUUCUGAUAAAGCUAUAUUACCUCAGUCAGUGUUGUCUAAAAUUUUGGAGCGUUUUCCUGAGAGUAACUUACCGCAUCCAUUGAUAUUUAAGAUUGAAAGUCUUGAGAGUGACAAAUAUACUUUUAUAGGGGUUAAAGAAUUUUCCUCGCCCAGUGAGGAUCUAUGUUUAUUACCAGAGCUUAUAGUGGAAAAACUAGGGUCACCUAAACUGGUGUCGAUUAGCUUGGAAGAAAAUUUGCAGAAAGCUACUUACUUAAAGUUGAAACCUUUACAAUUUUAUUCUGAUCAAAAUUGGAAAUUCUUCUUGGAGAACAAGUUAAGCUAUUUCUAUACCGUUUUAUUGAAGGGAGAAAAGAUUGUUCUACUAGAUCAGAACUUGAGAUAUGAGUUGAUCGUAGAAGAUCUUAAUCAAGAUGUUGCAUGCAUUAUAGAUACUGACAUUGAUCUUGAAAUAGUGCCUUUAGAUGAUACCAUGGCAGAUCAACAAUUACACUUUGGCAAGCACCUCGAUAAGUUAGAAAAUAUCAUGGAAGUUGAAGAUGAAGUUCAAAUCAAUGGAAUCAAACCGUUCUUGAAGAGUCACUACAUACCAACAAUAUUUAAGCUUGACCUAACCAAAAAACCUCAGAUUUUUUAUAUUGUUUUAAAUAACAAGGGCAUGAACUCUUUAGAUUCUUUAAUCAAUUUAGAUUUGGUCGUCGGUAUGGAUAAACUAGUUAGCCUUGAAGACUUUAGAUGGACAACUAUGGAUCAAGAUUUCAAAAUUCAGGACGAGUUUGAUCAAGAAAAUUUCACUGCAAGGAAGGCAAUUAAAAUAGACAGGAAUGAUAAUGACAUAAAGAGAAAGUUAAAUAUAGAGAGCGGUGCAGAUGAUGAGAUUGAUAAUAAAUGGCUAUAUUUUACUGCUUUCACCUGGGAUACAGAGGCUACCGCGGAAAUAACAAUUUUAGAAGAAAUUCCUCCUUCGCAGGCUACUGAAAUAGACCCAGCUACACACGAGACUUGCCCAAAUUGCGGUAAAAGUGUUUCAAAGAGCAACUUCGAUUUACAUGAAGUCUCCUGCUUAAGAGAGAACGUUCGGUGCUCUUGCGGUCAAGUGUUCAAGAAGACUAUUCCUCUUACUCAUUGGCAUUGCGAUAAGUGCGAUGGAAAGUUCGGAAAUUCAGAGACAUUGAAGUUGAAGCACAAUCAAUUAGAGCACAAUAUUUACAAAUGCAAUCAAUGCUCGUCUGAUGAACAAUUCCCCACUUUUAUCGACAUGGUAGUUCGUCAUAAAGCUACCACUUGCCCAGGAAAGCUUCAUGAAUGUAGAUUUUGCCAUCUUAUUCUUCCUCAAGGUGAAUCAACGUAUAAGGAUAAGUUUUACAAUUUAACAAAUCAUGAAAGCUCCUGCGGAAACAAAACUACAGAGUGCUACAAAUGUGGCAAAAUUUUAAGAUCCAAAGACCUUGCAAAGCACUUGAAGCUUCACGAACUAGAUAAACACCAAUUCAACGAAAUAAGUAAAACAUUCUUCAACAAGUGCAGCAACAAUAACUGCGUAAAUUUGAUGUCUUCCAAUCCCAGUAAUGAGUUGAAUCUUUGUGAUAUGUGCUAUGGCCCUUUAUAUGUCCAGCAGCAUGACCCCACCAAUAUUAAGCUUCAGUCUAGGAUUGAGCGUCGCUAUAUGUUGCAAUUAUCUAGAGGAUGCAAAAAUCUGUGGUGCUCUAAUGCCUAUUGUAUUACAGGGAAUCCUCGCUCUUCUGAAUUUGGGGGGAAAUCCAUAAAAGAGAUUCAUGCUCUUAUUAUCAACCAUUUGUUGGUGUAUAUCUCAAGUCCAGUUCUUCCGCUCAACAGGAAUAGAAAAACAUAUCUUAAUCAAUUAUGGUUUUGUGUCAAUGAGUCUACACUGGACAAGAAUCAUUUAGUAUCGAUUUUACAGGCAGAAGAACAGUAUGGAGAUGAAAUGAUAUAUAAAGCUGUCAAUGAAGCUUCUACGGAGUCUGAAAUACGAAGCUGGUUGUCUACAAAUGCAAUCCAGAUACAUAACUGA